AAAUUUUCUCUAACAAUAUAAGAGGUAUGACAUCUAAAAAAAACAAGACAUAAAAUUUAUAAAAUUUAAAUGUCUAAUGUGAAUGAUAAAUUAAAUGGAUUCAAAUACAAAAUAAACCAAAAGUAAAAGAUCACUGUAAUAAAUUGUCAAUAACGAAAAUAAACUAACACCAAAUCACAUCAACUAAUUUUGGUUCUCUCUGCCAUCAUUCACUUCAUUUUCUUUAGGUGACAUAGUAAAAUCUUCAUCAAAAUCUAAAAAUCACAAAUAUAAAACUAAAAAGAGAAAACCCAACAUUUUUUUUAUCAGCACCUAAUUUCUUAAUUAGAAAUUUAAAAUAUAAAACAUAAUCUAAAAACAUAAUUAAAAACUUAAAAAAAGAAAUAAAAGUUAUUUAUUGGUUCAACCGAUGGUUCAACCGGUAUCAAGUUUUUGGUUUUUGUGGAUUUUUAAAUAUUGGAGUUUUCAUAAAAUCCAAACUGAUUUUUUUCUGGGUGAUUCAACCGGGUCUGGUUUCAAAACACUGUUACAAGCACUACUCGCAUCACCGACUGCGAUUUCACAAAACGACAUGUGAUAAAUGGGCUAGUAAUGUUAGUUUAAUGGGCUUUUCGACACUUGCUCCGCAAGCUACUUGUCUUUGUUGAGCAGAACAGAAAAAGGAAAUUGGUAAAACCUUUAUCUUCUAUAUAUAAACAAUCGCAGACUCCUCUCUCUCACUCGCACGAAUCCGCAUUCUCUCUCUUUCUAUCUUUUAAAUUGUCUCUGAAGAAACAAUGGCUAUUUCCGAUGAUCUACCUCCUCAACUUACGAAAGAUGUCAAGAGACGAAGCAGAAAAAGAAGAACCGUGAAAAGUAAAGACCUUGAAGUACUGAUCAGCGUCGCAACAAGGGCCGCUCAUAUCGCAAGAGACAAAGGGUUUCACGUCGUCUCUCCUGAAGCCAUACGAUGCGUCGAAGUUCUCAGAAUGAUGCGAAGCUUGCCGUUGACUCCUCGGGUUAUCGUCAAAACAGAUGCCUUGCGCUCUCUUCGAUUCCUCGCCACUAACGGUAACCCUAAAAUCAGAUCAGAGUCGAAGUCCCUUCUUAAUCACUUGAAGGCUGUGCUUGCUGCAAGCAGUUGAAGAGAAGGGUUUUCCUUGAAAAGAGUAUAAAGACUAGGGUUUAAUUUCUGAUAACAAUUUUGUUACCAAUUCUUGUUGUCUAGUUCAAAAUU